AUGUCCAAGAAACUUGAUCAGGUUCACUUUUCGUCCACCGUUAAACUUAAUGUUGGAGGCCAGCACUUUACCACGAGCGUGCAAACUCUGACAAAGGAUCGCAACUCGAUGCUGGCUGCCAUGUUUUCAGGAAGGUUCGACAUGAAGCCAUCUGAAGACGGUUCGUUCUUUAUCGACCGAGAUGGAACUCACUUCCGCUUUAUCCUGAACUUUCUCCGCACAGGAAAACUAACUUUGCCUGAAGGAGCUACAUUUACCAAGGAACUUGAGGAAGAAGCAGAAUUUUAUCAAAUUCAAGGAUUCAUCGACGCGUUGAGGUCUGCCAAAUUAACAGUUAAAGUAGGUACGCCAGACGAGCCUUUCAGAGAGUCGACCAUUUUGAUGAAUGUAGAGCAUCGGAAAAUUUUGAAAGGUUGGUUACCUGAGGCCAUGGCAGGCGAAUGGCGUUUGCUGUUCCAAGCGUCACGAGAUGGCUUUGCCGCUUCAGCGUUUCAUUCUAAGUGCGACAACAAAGGGCCUACAGUCACUGUUGUGCAAAGCGGUGCAAACAUAUUUGGAGGUUUCACUGAGAAGUCGUGGACAAAUCAUGCAGGACGUAAGUUUUGAUCAUCAUUUAUACGUCGAAAAUAUACCCGAAUGAGCUUCCUGACGCCUCCCAUGCUUUAUUUAUCAUUAUCCUGUAAGAUUUUGCGAUGAUCUCCCAUGACUCCCCUGAUCUCGUCUUGCGAAAACAACUAAUAUAGCAACAGGCAGGUGGGAGUGCAGCCAAGAAUUAGUAGCCAAAGACUUGAUUCAAAAAGGCGAGCGGAACAAAACGAUAGUGCAAAAAAGUCCCAUGAGAAAGGGAGUAUUACAAACUUUCAGUCCAAUGCACCAGAAAAUAAAAAACAGAAAAACUUAAAGACCAGAUUUCACAGUCACGGUCCUCUACUUCUCCCAACUAAGGACUAGCCUGAAUUUCAGACAUUCCUUCGUUGAUACUCCUCUCAGCAACUGAAAGGAGUGUGCGAGUGGAAGGAAUCGGUCUGAAACUCAGGCCGUAACUACGGGCUUCUUAGGUUAAACUUGCUGCCUACAGAUUGAUGAACAGGACAUGAUAGACGGGUUGAAUGCCACAUGGUCGGCAGGAGUACUGUGAACUCGUACCCAGAUCUCCCAAACUUGCAAACAGAUUAAGCAAACAGACGCCAUAUAGGUCUUUGUACAUUACUAACCGUAAUUUCUCGAUUAAAGGCCGGGUCGAAACUGCCGAUUUUUCAAUGAACGCCGGGGGCGUUUAUGGAGUCCCCCCCCCCCGCGUUUGAUCAAGAUCCCGGCGCUUAAUUGCGGUCGAGGUCAUAAGGCCCGGUUACAACUUUUUUUACUCUUUUAAUAAACGUUCAAAGGAAAAAUACCAGCGUGUUAAACAUAACUAGGGUGGAUGCUGUACAACAAAAUGUAUGGUACCAUAACCUGAGUCCAGCAAACACUAACGUUAGUUUUAUCUGAUCAUUUAUAGGUUAUGUAAAGUGUUGCCAAGCUUUCUUAUUUAGCUUGGUGAAUCCGAGUGCCUUGGGUGCAACCAAAAUGUCGCUAAUCGCUGGGGAGGAAGAGAUUGGCAUCAUUUGUAAUGGCAGCUAUGGACCAACGUUUGGCGGUGGGCAGGACCUAUUUAUAUCAAAUAAUGCAAACACAAGUCAUAGUGGCAGCAGUCUCGGCACCACCUAUCAGCUCCCACCAGGACAACAGAACACGUUCUUCACGGGUGCCACAUUUUUCACUGUUACAGAUUACGAGGUGUUUGGACUCCAGCAGUGA